AUGCCUCGAAACAGAAGAAUAAAUCCAGACAUCAUUCCAAAAGAGAUCUAUGACCAUGAUUUCGAUCCAGACCGUCAUUUUCGACUACUCGAAGUCUGGCCAGAGCCCCAUUCUGGACAGUUGCUCGGGAGACUUAUUCCUGUGACUCGACCGAAUAUUGAGAAUCACGACCAGAAUCGUGCCCAGUAUUGGGCUUUGUCUCACAGCUGGCGUGACGCUUCCGAUAUAAAGGACCCUGUCCAAAUUAAUGGUUGGCGGGUUGAAUUGAACCGUAACAUAAUCGCGGCCAUCCUUCAACUUGGGCAAGACGGCCAUGAUGUUUUCUGGAUUGACACAAUAUGCAUCAAUCAGGAGAACGAAGAUGAAAAGUCGGCCCAGGUCAUUCAUAUGGCCGACAUUUAUACCUACGCUUGGCGUGUUUGUGCAUGGGUAGGCCUUGAUAAUGGGGACUGGACCGAAAGGGCUAUAGCAUGCCUUGGGGAGUUGGGCACCCAGCCACUUGAUACACUUUCCGAGGAAUUUCGCAAUGAAUGUUUGGAAAUUACGGAUAAGUUCAUUGCUAGAUCAUGGUUUGAACGACUGUGGGUGAUUCAAGAAGUCACACUUGGUGCAGACCAAGCCAUUAUCCAGUGCGGUCGAUUCGGUCUCCCUUAUGCCACGGCUUUGGCAGCAUUUCGGCAGAUCUACAGUCUUUGGGUGACAAAUGGACAGCCACCUGUUGAUAACUCGGCCUAUCAUAUUGCCUGGCGUACGCAGCAUUUCGUUGCAGCCGAGGAAAUUUUGGCUAGAACGCAACAGGGUCAGAAAGUAAUGCCAUUUAACCUGGCUAUGAAGCUUGCACGUAUGGAUCAUUUGGGUGUCUCGGAUGACCGUGAUCGGAUUUGGGGUCUUCUAGGCCUGUUACCUGAAAGAUACCGCUAUGAAUUCUGGCCAGAUUACGAGAGAGUUGAGUUCUGGGAAUUGGAGGCUAAGGCCAUGCAGCUUUGUCGUUCUCCGCUGAACGCUCUAAAGGAGGGGGAAAUUACACAAGAAGAACUUGACCACGCGGCUCGCUUGAACAAGGAAUUAUGA